AUGAUCUUUGGGGGAGAUUUUCGACAAGUACUUCCUGUUAUUCCUAAAGGAACAAAGUCGGAACUGUUCCAGGCCAGUGUGGUGAAAGCAUCAUUUUGGUCACAAGUAAAGAUUUUGAAACUUAGACAAAACAUGAGAUCCAGGAAUGAUCAACAAUUUUCACAAUUUUUACUUCGUGUUGGUGAUGGGGAAGAACCUGUUGUUGGAGAUGAUAUGAUAAGAGUACCUAAAUGCCUGGUAAUACCAUGGGAGAAUGAGCUAUCCAUCAAUGAAUUUAUUUAUCAAGUUUUCCCUAAUUUGGAGGAUCAUAUAAAUGAUGCAAGUUACAUGGUGGAAAGGGCAGUGAUAACUCCUACAAAUGAAGAUGUUGACAUGUUGAAUGAAAAGAUGAUCAAUAUGUUUCCAAGCGAAGAAGAGACAAUGUAUUCGUUUGAUUCAGUUGAGGAUGACAUGAGGAAUUUGUAUCAGCCGAAAUUCUUGAACUCAAUUUGCAUUGGUGCACUACAUAAGUUAACUUUGAAGAGAGGUGCUCCAAUCAUGCUUCUCAGAAAUACUGACCCAAAAUUGGGAUUGUGUAAUGGAACAAGAUUAUUAUGUCGUGGGUUGUACCAAAAUCUCAUUGAUGCUGAAAUUCUAACUGGACAAUAUGUUGGGACCAGGGUUUUUCUACCACGAAAAGUGGAGUGUCAUGGGCUUACAAAUAGAGUUCAUAGUGGGUUGGUUCAGCGUGUUAAUACAAUAAAUGAUGAUAACAAGUUUUACAAACAUCAUACCCGUUGCUAUGUGGAGAAAUUAGAGCACAAAAUUAAGUUUUCUUCCAAUAAUUGGAGUAGGCAUGUAGCAAAGGAUAAACUAUCAAAAUUGAAGUUUGACAAUAAAAAGGUGAAAGAUCAAUUAGAGAGGAACGGGUGGCGCCAGUGGUCUUGA